CUAAAAGAUCAAAUGGCAUCAAGAAUGUUCAACGCAGGAGUGACCGAGGGACAAUCAACCACGAGGCCACCAUUGUUCGAUGGAACAAACUACUCGUAUUGGAAGGAGAGGAUGAGAAUCUUUAUCCAAUCCAACGACUACAAGCUGUGGUUGAUUGUGAAGAACGGCUGCGGAGUCCCGAUGAAGAAAGUCGGUGAAGUCAAUGUUCCCAAAACCGAAGAAGAGUUCACCGACGAAGAUUGCAAAAAGAUGGAGCUCAACGCCAAGGCAAUAAACAUGAUUUAUUGCGGUGUUAACGCGGAUGACUACCGCAAAAUCUCAAGGUGUGAAACCGCAAAACAAAUGUGGGAGAAAUUGGAGGUCACCUACGAAGGAACCGCACAAGUUCGGGAGGCCAAAAUUGAUCAUCUCACUCACGAGUAUGAACUCUUUUCAAUGAAGGAAAAUGAGAAGAUUGAGGAAAUGUUUGAGAGAUUCUCUAAGAUCAUCAAUCCCCUCAAUCUUCUCGGGAAGACAUACACCGACCGAGAGCUCGUGAGAAAGGUGGUUGAAGAAAGGAACAAAAGGUCUAUUGCUCUACCCGCAACAACAUCAACCCACAACAACGUUGAUGAUGAAGAUGAUGACAGCGACGACACCGACCUCGGACUCUUUGUCCGAAAAUUCAAGAAGAUGAUGCUCAAGAAGGGAGCCAAGAAGAAAACUUCACCCAAAUGCUAUGGCGGAUGCUCUAAGCACAUGACCGGAGACGCAUCCAAAUUUAGGAGUUUAGAGUAUUUCAAAGGUGGCAAUGUCGUUUUUGGUGACAACAACAAAGGAAGAAUCAUUGGAAGUGGCACCGUCGGAAAGGACAAUGCUACAACCGUUGAGAAUGUUCUUCUUGUUGAGGGCCUCAAGCACAAUCUUCUUAGCAUUAGCCAAUUGUGCGAUAAAGGCUCUUAUGACGAUGAAGAAGAAAUCGUUAAGGAAAAGGAACCGGAAGAAGAGAAAACGCAGGAACAAACGGAGCUUCCUAAGGAAUGGAGAACAUUGAAGAACCACCCGAUUGACAAUGUCAUUGGUGAUCUAACGCAGGGAGUUUCUACUCACUUUACUCGGGACACUCAGGUGCCGGUCAAGAAGACGUGUUUCAUCACUGAAGCCAAGUUUUCCCGGAUCGUGUAUCGAGAGGAGGGCGAUGCUGCACCAAAUCUGGACCUGAUAGUCGCCGAAGAAGAAGAAGAAAGCCAAAACAAGAAUCAAGCUGAGUCAUCUCAAGCCGGAGGUAGUCGAGCCAUGGAGCGCGUCACUCGUCAACGGAGGACUCGUCCGAGAGAAGAAGCACCGGAACCUUCUUGGGUGAAGAAGAUCUUCGAUACUCUCACGUGCAUCCGAGAUGACGUUCGCCAGCUCAACGAGAGGAUGACUCGUCUUGAGCAAUCUCGCUCCUACCAUGGCCCGCGUCACAACUUUGGCGGAGGAGCUCGUCCGGCGAACUCUCUUUGAUUGUUAUUUUCUCUUGACUAAUUAUGAUACAUUGUUAUUUGUUAUGACUCUUUUGGUGGAUGUUGAUGUUUCCUUUCGAUGAUGCUAGUGGAUAUUAACUGUUUAUGUAUUAAUAUCAUUGUUGGUGUGGCAAUAUUGUUCUUAUUUAGAACAUAUUGUCCUCUUGUGGCAUUUUAAGGAAAACUCUUUCCAUCUUUUUCCUUCAAUAGCCCGGCAUUGUUUAAGGG